GAGAGAUUUCCCGAUCUACCCUUUGAUCGCUGCUUCGAGAGAGAAGUUAUACAGAAGAGGGAGAGAGAUGGAGAAAAGGGGUCGUCGGCAGCAGCUACUUCUUCUUCUUCUACCCUUCUCUCUUCUCUAUCACGCAUUCUCAUUCAAUCUUCCUUCCCACGGAUGCUAUUGGACCGAGUCCUGUCAAAACAAAUGGAUUGGAGGAUGUGGCGCGGGUCAUGUCAUCAUUGACCAGUCAGAUGAUUGCAAUGGGCUCUGUCCCGAGUCAAAAUAUCCAUCGUGCCUUCCUUUCUACACCCAUUUCCAUUGCUGUAAACCAGAGAGCCCAAAGAUAACAGACAGGUGUUGGAAAUGCAAGAACAAGGUAGACUAUGGUGAGGAGUACAUAUGUUGCACGGACUGCUCCGAUCCUUACCUCACUGACAAGAACACCAAACUCGGUUACUGUAAAACUGGUGCAGAGCUAGCUGUGCAGUUAAAACCAAAAGAAGUUUUCAAAUGGAUUGCUGGGCCAUGGAUGAAGUGUUCAUCCCCUUGCGAUGGUGGAGUUCGGUAUCGGGAUGUGGGUUGUUUUGGAAGUAUUGAAGGUGGAUCAACUGCACAGUACCCAGUAGAUGAUAGUAGGUGUUCAAAUGAAGAAAUGCCUACCAGUCAAGAACCCUGUAAUUUGAGAAGCUGUGAAGAUUUCAACUAUAGUAAUCCAAACGCAAGCAAACAUGGUAGAAUGUCUGCUUGGUGGGUUACUUUGCUUGUUCUUCUUGGGGUCGUAGCAAUCGGCGGUCUUGCAUUCGCAGGUUACACUUUUUACAAGAGGAGAAACUCAACCCAAAGCGGCUUUGUAUAUAUCAUGCUAGAAGGAUAUUCGUAAGAUGAGCUUGAUUCUUGGGGUAUGAGAGAGCUUGAUUCUUUUGGUUCCAUUUCAUGUUUGAGAUAUGUUUGUACUUGGACACACAUUCUUUGUAUCAUAUAAUGUCAAAAGACAACUUCUACACUGGUAUUGCUCUGAACUUUGUAGCAGACAACCUCAGCCUGCUUGUAUCUAUUUGUAUGUGUUAUUGAUUUCUUGUUCAUGUUAGAA